GGAGCCCUAGUUAGAAACCUACAGGGUUCUGGGAGGCGGAGCGUGCGCAGGACAUCUCUAGGAAGUACACUUUGUGGGCUGUUUGGGCAUGCUCCGCUGGGCCCGAGCAUGGGGAGUCCCCCGUGGGACACUUGGUGCCUCCUCUCCCAGGUGCUCAGCGGUGUCUGUCGCGUUCAGUAGUGGCCAAGGAAACGCCGAUCCCAGGCCGCUGCCGCUGUCCUAUACGCUUCUAGAUGGAGAGACAACACUCCCAGCCAUCGUCUUUUUGCAUGGACUCUUCGGCAGCAAAACCAAUUUCAACUCCAUUGCCAAGGCGAUGGUUCAGAGGACCGGCAGGAGGGUGCUGACAGUGGAUGCCCGGAACCAUGGCAGCAGCCCCCACAGUACAGACGCAAGCUAUGAGGCCAUGAGUCAGGACCUCCAGGGCCUCUUGCCACAGCUGGGCCUGAUGCCCUGCGUCCUCAUUGGCCACAGCAUGGGAGGAAAGACAGCCAUGCUCCUGGCACUGCAGAAGCCAGAUGUUGUGGAGCGACUGGUCGUCGUAGACAUUAGCCCAGUAGGAACCACACCUGGAUCCUACCUGGGAGACUUCAUAACAGCCAUGAAGGCCGUUGAUAUCCCAGAGAAGGUGCCCCAUUCCCAGGCCCGAAAACUGGUGGAUAAACAGCUCAGCUCCGUUGUCAAGGACCCGAGUGUUCGGCAGUUCCUCCUCACUAACCUGGUGGAGGUAGACGGACGCUUCUCCUGGAGAGUGAACCUGGAUAUUUUAGCGCAGCACUUGGACAAGAUUUUGACCUUCCCACAGCAGCUUGGAUCCUACCCGGGGCCUACUCUCUUUCUGUGUGGUGGAAAUUCUAAAUAUGUACAACCCAGCCACCACUCGGAGAUUAGGCGGCUCUUUCCUCAAGCCCAGAUCCAGACCGUGUCUAAUGCUGGCCACUGGGUCCACAGCGACAAACCCCAAGACUUCAUGGAUGCUGUCAACAGCUUCUUGGCUUAAGAAGUAGCUCUUUAGCCGGGUGUGGUGGCGCAUGCCUUUAAUCCCCAGCACUUGGGAGGCAGAGGCAGGAGGAUCUCUGUGAGUUCGAGGUCAGCCUGGUUUACAGAGUGAGUCCCAGGACAGCCAGGACUACAAGAGAAACCAUGUCUUGAAAAACCAAAAAGAGAAAAAAACAAAAAAACAAACAAAAGCAGUGGUUCUUUAAAAGAGCAGGCAACUUGUUCCUUUGCUUCCCCACAGAAAAGCUCAGGUGGGCACAGAGAGGGCUAAGGGGCACAGAGGGGGUCCAACACUUUAAUGAUUAAAGACAGUCCCCUUAGA